UAGCGUUACGAAGCCAUAUUUUGUAAUACAAAGAAUUUAUAGAGGAAUUUCAGUUUAUUUUUGUGUUAAAAAAUAAAACACAAAAUAUCUUAGUUUCAUUACACGAUUUCAAACUCGAGUUGUUUCCGAUAAUGGUACCUGACAAAGAGAAUCAAGAAACUUGUGAUUCAAAUGUACAGGAAAAAACGAUAAACGAGUCCACUAUAUCAGAUAUACCAAUGAAACAUUGUUUUUCAACAACGACCUCUUCAACAGGUUGCGUCGGCGUUGAUUCAGGUACAUUUAAACUGUUUGCGGGAGCUUGGGGCGAAAGAGGUGUAAGAAAAUAUAUGGAAGAUACCCACAUUGUAUGCCCGUCAAUUUAUAAAUUAAUAUCUGUAAACGAUUCAAAUUUUCCUGAAUGUUUUGAUGCAGCAGUUUUUGCUAUUUUUGACGGACAUGGAGGAAAACAAACAAGUGUUUUUUGUCGAGACAAUUUGAUUACAGAGAUAGGUGAGAAGUUAAUGAACCUUUACAGCGAGGUUCCUGUGGAUGAAUUUUUUUAUACGGAUCGUCACGUCAGAAAACUUUUAAGAAAAGUGUUGGAUGGACUUAACGCACGUAUUGCUGCUGAAAUGCCGUCAUGCAAAGACGGAACGACCGUUAUCAUUUCCUUUUUUCCGUAUCGCCAAUGCAGCACGAUUAUGUAUAUUGCUUCUUUGGGAGAUACAGCAGCUUAUUUGAGUCGAGUAUCUAAAGGCGUAGAACAAUCCAUUCCUUUAAAUGAGAUGCAUAAACCGUGGAUGGUUAACGAAAAAGCACGAAUUGUACAAGCUGGAGGCGUGGUGGAGUCAGGGCGAGUGAACGGCCUACUAGAAGUUAGUAGAUCUCUGGGAGAUUUAAGUCUGAAAAAAUAUGGUGUAACGUCAUGUCCAUCCUUCACCAAACUUACAAUAAACUACACAAUGGAUAAUUUCAUACUUUUAGGAUGUGAUGGUUUUUGGAUUAAUUGGACGGCUGUGGAAGCCUUAACAAAGGCUAAAGAGUUAUUAUUUAAAGAAAGUCGGCGUUUGAUAACGCAAGGAGACAAAGAUCCGUUUCCUAAUUUAGAAAAUAUAUGUCAAGACCUUGUCAAUCAUGUACUUCUUGAAAAAAAAUCUCAAGAUAAUGUUACGGUUAUUUUAAUAUACAUAAAAAAAAAAAAAUAGUGCUGUUUUAGCUUUAUGAUAAUAUGUUAGGGAAAGGUUAAAAAUUAUAUGACAACAUUAGCCACUCUUUUUCACCAGUGAAAAAAAAUUAAUUUAUUUAAU